AGCCGAAUAGUUUAUGCAUGAAUCGAAACUUCAGACCUGGCAGGGUGGGGGAACGUGCAGGAUCUGCACUCUUUUACAAUGCUGGAGCCAAGGAAGGAGGAGGGGAUAGAGGAAAUAGCAGGAAAAUAAGACUGGGGAAGCGGGGCGAGAUUUGAGAAGCUGGACGAGUUGUUCGCUCUGUUAUUGAGAGGAGCCAAGUCCCUUAAGCAUCUCCUGGUGGAUAUUAGGAGGGAGCUGUGGAGGCUGGAGCGCUCCCCUGGACACUCGCAUGCUGUAGCUUUAAGACCGUUUUACAGAGGACUCGGGAUUUCCAGUUUUCCUGCGCCUGGUGGAGUAUUUCAGGGAGUUACAGGAUUUUUUGGGUCAUGCACCCCCUUUUUCUUUCUUCUUCCUCCUUUCUCUUCCUCUCUUACUCUUUCUUUUCAUUUCAAAGAGACAAAGCUACUUCAGUUUGGAGCACAAACAUAUGAUCAGCACAUGGAAAUGUGGUAAUUUGGAUGCAUUCAUGAUUGCAACAGAUUGAAGAAAUUAGACCAGACAAAGAGCUUUUUUUGGAAGAGGAGGAGGAGGAGGCAAGGGAAGGAGGGAGGGAGAGUGGGGGAAAGAAGGGGACGCCACCGAAAAAAGGGACGGCCGUGACACGCGGAUGCUAAAUAUAUCUCGUAGUAAUGGAGAGGGACCGGAUUUCAGCUCUGAAAAGAUCUUUUGAGGUCGAGGAGGUAGAUCAGUCUUCAAAUUCCUCCACCCCACAACGACGGACCCCGAACCCUCUCCUCAGGUCCGCCGUAUCCAGCUCCACACAGAAGUUUCAGGAACUCGGUGCCAGGAAUUCGGAGCCACCUGCCCGACAUGCGGACCCCACAAGCCAAAGAUCACCCAAGCCCUCUCUGAGGAGAGUGGAGCUCUCCGGACCCAAACUGCCUGAGCCGGUGUCCAGAAGAACAGAAAUCUCCAUUGACAUCUCAUCCAAGCAGGUGGAGAACUCCACCUCAGGGCUGUCAAGGUUUGGCCUCAAAAGAGCAGAUGUGCUGGGGCACAAACCCCCCGAGCCCACCCCAAGGAGGACUGAGAUCACCCUCGGCAAGCCCCAGGAGCCAGGUCUGCGGAGGGUAGAAGCGCCUCCAUCAAAGAUCCCCGAGAUGCCCCAGCGAAGAGCCGAGGUGGCCAAUGUUCCUGUGCCCGACACGGCCACCAAGCGCGUGGAAAUUCAGGUAGCCAAGGCCACCGAGGUGCCAGCCCCACCAGCGCGGCAAGUGGAGAGCUCAGAGCCUCCCCUGGCCACCCAGCCUCCCCAGGCAGAGCCAAAGCCACAGCCUGUGCCAAUGGAGAGCCCACCAAAGAGAGAAGAAGGUCCAGAGGCAGUUCCCAGCCACGCACCCGGCAUGACGGACGUUCCUCGGGAUGCCGGCCCCAAGCAGGCAGCGCCGACGCGGCCGGAGAAACCGGCUGCGGACUUCGGUUACGUGGGGAUCGACGCCAUCCUGGAGCAGAUGAGACGGAAAGCCAUGAAGCAGGGCUUCGAGUUCAACAUCAUGGUCGUGGGUCAGAGCGGCUUGGGGAAAUCCACGUUAAUCAACACCCUCUUCAAAUCCAAAAUCAGCCGGAAAUCUGUACAGCCGACUUCUGAAGAGCGGAUCCCCAAGACCAUUGAAAUCAAAUCCAUCACUCACGAGAUUGAAGAGAAGGGGGUUCGCAUGAAGCUGACGGUCAUCGACACCCCAGGCUUUGGAGACCACAUCAACAAUGAGAACUGCUGGCAGCCCAUCAUGAAGUUCAUCAACGACCAGUACGAGAAGUACCUGCAGGAGGAAAUCAACAUUAACCGGAAGAAGCGGAUCCCCGACACGCGGGUGCACUGCUGUAUAUACUUCAUCCCAGCCACCGGCCACUCGCUCCGGCCGCUCGACAUCGAGUUCAUGAAGCGCCUGAGCAAAGUGGUCAACAUCGUCCCCGUGAUCGCCAAAGCCGACACGUUAACGCUGGAGGAGAGGGACUACUUCAAACAAAGGAUAAUGGCUGAUCUUCUCGCCAAUGGCAUCGAUGUGUAUCCUCAGAAGGAGUUUGAUGAAGACUCUGAAGAUCGACUAGUGAAUGAGAAAUUCAGGGAAAUGAUCCCCUUUGCAGUGGUGGGCAGUGACCAGGAAUACCAGGUUAAUGGAAGAAGAAUCCUUGGAAGGAAGACCAAGUGGGGCACCAUUGAAGUGGAGAACACGACACACUGUGAGUUCGCCUACCUGCGGGACCUCCUUAUCAGGACACACAUGCAGAACAUCAAGGAUAUUACCAGCAACAUCCACUUCGAAGCCUACAGGGUCAAGAGGCUGAACGAGGGCCAGAGCUCCCUCUCCAACGGCGUGACCGACAAAGAGCUGGUGGCUAACGAAAUGUAACCUCUUGCUCCAUAGCCAGGACCUUGCUCGCUCACGCUCGCUCUUUCUCCCCUCUUCCCCCUUUAUUUUUAUAUAAACCCCCUGCCACUGUCCCUCUCCCCCUCUCCCCAGCCCCUGCCAAUGUUAACUGACCAAAUAACUAGACGCUGUCUCUGUCGUGCGGGGCUCAUCCCCCCCCGCUUUGUGGCAUGAGUUUUCUUCUCAGCUCCUGGUCCAGCAGCCCUGGGCUGGGGACCGUGUCCCCGCAGAGGUCAGGCUCUUGCUGGUCCCCAGUGCUGGCCCAAUAGCUGAGCUUGGGGGAGCAGAUCCAUGGGGUUGGGGUGCCCCGGAGCCCUGCCUGCCCCUCCAUGCAGAGGCUCUUCUCCGUCCGUUGAAGGCAAGGGCUUCUCCAGGUGAAUGUCGCCUUCGGAAGCGAGGUACGGUGGUAUGAAGAGAGCAAGACGGUGCCAUCCUUGUCUGCUGUUGCGUCCUCCAAGCCCUCUGCAGCCCUCUGGGACCCGCCAGCACCCAACCCAACCCCUCUACCCUGCCUAUAUGCAAUAAACUGGGAGUGCUUAGGUGUCACCUCGCCUGUCACCGACCCCCGGCCCCGCAGAGCGACCUGCUUUGGGAGAAGUGCCUUUUCAGACUGUUACCUUGCAAUAGGGGGGGAGAGGGGAGGGAGGGCUUGCCUUGUCUGUCCUUGCAGCCUGCAGAAGGCCUGCGGCACUCAGUAGAGACUCCUCUUCCCUCUCCCUUGGCUCGCAGAUGUGGCUGAUGUCCUGGCAACACUUGUAUAUUUAUUUUUCAUUCAGUUGGGUGGGUUUUUCCACUGAAGGCUCAGAGUAUGUUUGUCCAAAGGGGGCCGAGAGUGGAAGAUCUCUGCAGAGUGGUGGUGGGAGGUGCAGGGUUGUCCUGUCUGACCCUUGUGAUUCUUGAGGUUUUCCCUAUGUCAGAGUAUUGGGUAUUUUUUAAUUCAGUUUUUACGUUGGGGAAUCCCCUGUGUGAUGUGUGUACGUGUCACACUCCUCUCUUCUGCUAGCCCUUGUGUAAGGGGAUGGUGCAUGUGUAGACCAAGCCCUGGGGUGGGCUGGGGCAGUGUUUGUGGGUGCUGCACCCCGUAGUCCCUCCUCUGGCCCCCCACACCACCUCUUUCAAUGAGUCUCCAGUAAAUAAGACCCUGCAGGGUGGUUAAAUAACACCAUGGCACAAGAGCAGGGCAUCCUGUCUCCACCCCGGCUCACCCUUUCUGUUUUCUGUUCCACCAGUCUCCAUAUCUUCUCUAAGGGAUAAAACUUCCUGCAAAUCACUCUUUUGGGGGGGCCACAUACUAAACUGGCAGCUUGUCCCAUCCUCUAGCACUGGAAGGUGCCUGCAGAGCCCACCUAAUGGUCUCUAUGGGGGUCAGAUCCACCUUCAGGUGACCAGAAGGAGGGAGGAGGUUGCUCUCAUCUUGGUGGCGAUGCCCAGAUGAUGUUGUUCAGUGGAGGGUUUGCAGGGGCUCCCCACAUACGUUCCCUCCCAGCAGCCAAAGCAGGGGUGCAUCGCAAGGAGAAUCUCCUCCCUCUUAACUCAUGUUCACUCCCACAACAGCAAAACAGCUGUUGGGGAAGCACAACUCUACGUGCUGACUUGCUAUAUUUUAGCAAAAACCAAAAAAAAGUGUAUUAACUGAAGAAAAAAUAUAUAUAUUUCAAGUGUUAGAGACUACGAAAGGGGAGAAAUCUCUUGUGUGAGGCACUUCUGCAAAUGUCAUCUUCAACUUUGUUUUUCCCUCUAGUUGAGAUCUCAACCUGGGCCGAGCAAAGACACGCCGCUUUCUCCUUUGUAACCCGAGUAUUUUGGGGGGAGGUAAAGAAAAAAAAUUAAAAUAAUACAAUAAAAACCCCUUCAUCCAGAUCUAUUAAAAUGGCCUUUUGGGGGUUAUAAGCAUUAUGACAAAUUUAGCCCAUUUUUGUAUAAAUAAUAGUGUUUAAUAUGUAUUUCCCAAAAUAAAUGUUUUGAAUGCAAAUAGGA